AUGUUUCUGGUGUUCGAGGGCCGCCAUUGGAGGAAGAGAGAGACGAACGGCCCCGCCCACCUCUUCACCAUCACCAAUCCGCGUAAAGAGACCGCGGCAUUCGCGUUCCGGCUUCUUUGGGAUACGGCGAUGGCUGAAGCAAGAUCGGUGGCAGAUAACACGAUGCCGACUCAGGUAUACUUUCUCGACGAGGACGAUGCUCCA